CUUUGGUGAGAUGACAGAACACAGUGUCAUUUCAAAAGUCAAAUAAAAGCAGUAUGAGGCAGCCAGGAAAAGAGUGCGAAGCCUAAGGGAGCAGGAGGAGGUUACAUUCAGAGGCCACAACAGCUUGGCUCCUCGCAGAACAUUAACAGAUUUCCUCACUCUCCUCCACCUACAAGAUCAUGGAAAUCUCAAUGGAAAUGCCAUUUGAAGAAUUUGAGAACUACUCCUAUGCCUUAGACUACUACUCCCUGGAGUCUGAAUUGGAGGAGCAGGUGCCUCUGGAAAUUGUUCACUGGAUCUCCCUCCUCUUGUAUGUCCUAGCAAUUGUUCUGGGAAUUCCAGGGAAUGCCAUUGUCAUUUGGUUCAUGGGAUUCAAGUGGAAGAAGACAGUCACCACUCUCUGGUUCCUCAAUCUGGCCAUUGCAGAUUUCAUUUUUGUCCUCUUCCUGCCCCUGUACAUCUCCUACGUGGCCUUGCGUUUCCACUGGCCCUUUGGCCUGUGGCUUUGCAAAGCUAAUUCCUUCAUUGCCCAGCUGAACAUGUUUUCUAGUGUUUUCUUUCUGACAGUGAUCAGCCUGGACCGCUAUAUCCAUUUGGUCCAUCCUGUCUUGUCUCAUCGGCACCGAACCCUAAAGAACGCACUGGUGGUUGUUUUAUUUGUCUGGCUGUUGGCCUCUCUGCUUGGAGGUCCUACCCUGUACUUCCGGGAUACUCUGGAGGUCAAUAACCACAUUAUUUGUUAUAACAAUUUCCAGGGGCAUGACCCUGACCUCAUCGUGGUGAGACACCAUAUUCUGACCUGGGUGAAGUUCCUUUUUGGCUACCUCCUCCCUUUGCUGACAAUGAGCUCCUGCUACUUGUGUCUCAUCUUCAAGGUGAAGAAGCGAAACAUUCUGAUGUCCAGUAAGCAUUUCUGGACCAUCCUUUCUGUGGUCAUCGCCUUCAUGGUUUGUUGGACUCCUUAUCACGUGUUUAGCGUUUGGGAACUCACCCUUCACCACAACAGCUCUUUCCAGAGCAUGCUGCAGGGGGCAAUCCCUCUGUCCACUGGCUUGGCCUUCGUCAAUAGCUGCUUGAACCCCAUCCUUUACGUUCUAAUUAGCAAGAAGUUCCAAGCUCGCUUCCGGGCCUCUGUGGCUGAGGUACUAAAGCGUUCACUGUGGGAAGUGAGCUGCUCCGGCACAGCCAGUGAACAGCUCAGGAGCGCUGAAACCAAGAGCCUGUCUCCCCUAGAAACAGCCCAAUGAGUACCGCGUCCCUAGAAUAUCCGUGUGACGCUUUCAUGUGAGCCUCAUAGCUAAUCCUUUCAGAUUAAGUGUCAUCCUGAUCUAA